GGCGACCCGGGGGCGCGCGGGGCCGCACGUGCACGCGCGCGCCCUUCGGCCCGCGAGCCCACGCGCCCACGCGGCCGCGCGCACUCCCGGGAAGUCUCGCGAUGCGAUGCCGUAGCCGGCUGCUCCCGCUGCGGGUGGUUCGGGCUGUUGCUGUGGUUGCCCGAGUUGCGGCGGCGGCGGCGGCGCUGGCGGAGGUGUCGGCCCCGCGGGCGGAUGUUGACAUUGUGUUGUUGUUAUUGCUGACGGUAAUGGCGGCGACGGCGCCGGUCGGGACCCCAUCGCCUCAGUAAAAGGAAAAAAAAAACAACAACCGAGCCCGCCGGGGCGAGAGCGAACUCGGCGGCCGCGACUCCCCUCAGCCGCCGCCGCCGCCGCCGCCGCCACCGCCGCCGCCUCGCCGGCCGCGCUGCCGGCCGCAGCCCCCGGAAUCAGGCCCCGCGGCGGGGCCGGGGGCCUCGGAGGCGCAGGAUGGCGGAUUUCGACGAGAUCUACGAGGAGGAGGAGGACGAGGAGCGGGCCCUGGAGGAGCAGCUGCUCAAGUACUCGCCGGACCCGGUGGUGGUCCGCGGCUCCGGGCACGUCACCGUAUUUGGACUGAGCAACAAAUUUGAAUCAGAAUUCCCUUCUUCAUUAACUGGAAAAGUAGCUCCUGAAGAAUUUAAAGCCAGCAUCAACAGAGUUAACAGUUGUCUUAAGAAGAACCUUCCUGUCAAUGUGCGAUGGUUACUUUGUGGCUGCCUUUGUUGCUGUUGUACAUUAGGUUGCAGUAUGUGGCCAGUUAUUUGCCUCAGUAAAAGAACACGAAGAUCGAUUGAGAAGUUAUUAGAAUGGGAAAACAAUAGGUUAUACCACAAGCUGUGCUUGCACUGGAGACUGAGCAAAAGGAAAUGUGAAACGAAUAACAUGAUGGAAUAUGUCAUCCUCAUAGAAUUUUUACCAAAGACACCAAUCUUUCGACCAGAUUAGCAGUUAACUUUAUUUCUAGAGACUUUCCAGUAUGUUGUCUUUCCAAUGGUGCCUUGCUCGGUGCUCUCCUGGUGGUGACAUAACAUUGGUUCUACAGAAUCGUGUGGUGUUUUUCCCUGUUUUUUUCUUUUUGUUUUGUUUUUUGUUUUUGUUUGUUUUUUAAAUAACCGCAUGUUCUAAGUGUGCAUUUUUGUCAAACUUUGCAACAGUUAUUUCAUACAGAUGUUUAAUACUUAAGUUAUUGUGCUCUUUUCUGUUAUGUAUCUGAUUUUCAAGGAUUACUUUUUUGUAUUAUCAAAAAAAUACAUUUGAACUUAGCAUUAAAAAGUGGCCAGCCUUUUUUAUUUUAUCACCAAGAAUGCAGUCUAUUUAUUAAUUUCAUAAUACAGAAAAAAUAACUUAAAAUUGUCUUAAAUAAAUUUGAUUUAUCAGUGAAAAUAAGAGAGAAAAAAUAACCGUAUAAGACUACUUACCUACCUAUUCUGGCAAGCACACUCUUUGUAUUUUCUUCCUUUUAAAAUCUAGCAGUCAUUAUUUUAAUACAGUAAAUUUUGUUUUGACUUUUGGAACCUAACAUCCUUUCUUACACAAUUCCUAAUGCUCUGUUUACAGCAGAUAAAAGUGUAACCAUAUUAUGAAGAUCGAUCAGAAAGUGUUUAAAGUCUGUCUUCAGAGGUAGUAAGGCAGGAUUAAAUUAUUUUUUAUUAGACUAGACAAAACAAUGAGUAGUAUGCAUGUAUUUAAUGGUUACUAGAGCUCAGGAUCCACAAAUAUAGUAAUGUCACAAUCUGUAUAUUUUUGAUCAAGAUGAUAUUAAUAAUGGCCUUACUUGGGUUACUUUCUAUUGUUCAUCCAACCCAUGUAUACAGAAGUAUGAAAUGAUUCCUUUUUAAAAAUUCUAAGGAAAACUCAAUUGUGGAAUGAAUAUGUGUUUCUGAGUACAUCAUCUUUAAAGGAAUGAAGGGCAUAUUUAGUACUGUUUUUAUUAACUAAUUUGCUUUUAGUUCAGUUAUGUAUACUUUUUUAUUGAAAGUAUGGCAUAUAAGUGAAUCAGAUCAGUUUGUUUCUUUUACUGUACACAUGUAUGUAUGUACAUUAACGUACAUACGUUUCUUUUUUCUCUUUUUGAUUGUACAUAUCUUCAUACAUUUUUAAACUUUAAAAUUUUUUAAAUGGCCUGUGUAUAAGUUUUGUUUUUAUAAACCUGAAAUUAUACCAGUUAUAAACCUGAAAUUAUAUCAGUUUUAAUGUGUGUCAAGAACGUGUUCUAUACUACUGUGGUAUCGAGCAAUAAUGUGAAUAACUUUUGAAAAUCAUAUGGACUAUGCUUAAUGAUUUGUAUUAAGAAUUGGUACCACUAUACAAACCUUUUUCCCCCUUGUAUUAAACCUUUUAAAUGCCAGUUUCAUUAAUUUAUAUAAUCUGUAUUUAAGAAAAAAAUAUUUCUUUGUACUUCUCUAAAGUACUGUAAUUCAUUAUAAAUUCAAACAGCUUAAUUCCAUUUCUCUUAUCCUAUAAGGAACAUUAGGAACAAUCUUAAUAGAUUUUUCGUGAAAGGUCUGAGAAUUAUUUAUGUUCCGUUGUCCCCAUCUCCAAACAUUUAGCAACUUGAAUUUAUAUGACCUUUUUUUUUUUAAUGACAUGCUCAAAGUACAAAGUAAGCAGUUCUGACUUUAUUUACUUUUUGUCUAGGAUUUGACAUAUCACCUUCAAGUAGUACGAUUAAACAUGUAAUGCUAUUCAAAAGCUCUAGUAUUCUUCUGUGGUUUCAGUGUGAAAAUUUUCUGUAUGGAGAAUUCUCAGUCUGCCUUUGAGUUUAGAAAAAGCAGGAAGAUGUGACUGUGUAGACUAUGUAACACAGUGUUCCCCAGCUAAAAUUUUAUGUUUGUAGAGCACCGCUAUUAAUCAGCCUUAUAGACAAAACUAUGAUACCAUUUUUCCUGUUAUCAGUCUUCUACAAAUAAAAAUUUUAAAUUAUUUCUGUAAAAAUGCUUAAUUGUAGGAUAAUUUGUAUAGCUGAUAGUAUUAAGUAUAGGAUUUAAGUUUUCCUAAUUUUAUUGAGAGGUAUAUUGGUUAUUUUAAAUUUUCUAAUUAUACGCCUAUAUUUCUUAUCUAUAGAACUGUACCAUAAACCAAUAAUGCUGGAGCAGUUAGCUUUCUAGGCUUGGAGUUUCAUUAGUAGUCCCUGUUUCAUAACUGGGUUCUCAGGCCUAUUCUUUCUU